CGCGCGCGGCCGGCGGCGGGAUGGGGUCGCGCAGGGUCCCCGGGCGCGGCUGGGGCUCGGGCGGGCGGGCCGGGGCGGGGGGCGACGGCGAGGACGACGGGCCGGUGUGGGUCCCCAGCCCGGCCAGCCGUAGCUACCUGCUCAGCGUGAGGCCGGAGACCAGGGAAGAAAUCCAGACCCAACAGAGGAGAGAUCUCUCAAUUACGAGGAGAAAGGCAAAGGAAGUUCAUGCUUAUCAAGCAACCGGUUGUCUCACCCCAGCUCUGGAAGGAGCCUGGCCCAUGGUCAGAAGACUGCCUAUUGGAGUGGGUCUGGAUCAGGAUUCCAUUCAGCCUCUCGGUACCAUCCCUGCCUCCAACCUGGCCAAGAGAUCUGGCUCCCUUGAAGAAAGACUUGCUCAGGUACUGGAGCCAUGGCCACGGGAUGAUGGAUGUAUAUGGAGCACCUUCUGCUCCAUCAUUGCUCAGCUAACAGAGGAGACCCAGCCGCUAUUCGAGACCACACUCAAGUCCCGGGCUGUGUCCGAGGACAGUGAUGCCAAGUUCACCUGCAUCGUCACAGGAUACCCAGAGCCAGAGGUGACCUGGUACAAGGAUGACAUAGAGCUGGACCGCUACUGUGGUUUGCCGAAGUAUGAGAUCACUCACCAGGGCAACUGUCACACGCUACACCUCUACAGGUGUCAAGAGGAAGAUGCGGCCAUCUACCAGGCCUCUGCCCGGAACACCAAGGGCAUCGUGUCCUGCUCGGGGGUCUUGGAGGUUGGCACUAUGACUGAGUACAAGAUCCACCAGCGCUGGUUUGCCAAACUGAAGCGCAAGGCUGCGGCGAAGAUGCGAGAGAUUGAGCAGAACUGGAAGCCAAGGAAGGAGGUGGUGGGGGACGCCGACACCCUGCGCAAGCUCAGCCCCGACCGCUUCCAGCGGAAACGGCGACUGAGCAGGGAUGAGGUGUUAGUGCCCUCAGCCCCCGCCAUGGAGGCUGAGGACGGGACCCCAGCGGCUUGGCAGGAGGAAGAGGCUGAGCCUGGUCAGCGCCCAGCUUUGGGCCUCAUCAACAGUUUUGCUCCCGGAGAGGUGACCACCAAUGGGGAGGCUGCCCCUGAGAACGGGGAGGAUGGGGAGCACGGCCUGUUGACGUACAUCUGUGAGGCCAUGGAGCUGGGGCCUCAGCGAGCCUCCAAAAAGGAGUCUGGGGCCAAGAAGAAAAAGAAAGACGAGGAACCUAAGCAAGGUCUACGGAAGCCAGAGCUGGAGAAGGCAGCUCGAAGCCAACAUUCUUCCGAAAGCCGUGCCCCUGGUUCAGACAAGCCUGGGACACAGGGGCCCACGGACAUGGAGCAGGUCCAGACCCGGCCCAGAGGCAGGGUUGCACGGGGGCCUGGGGCCUCUGGAGCAGAUAGCCCCAGGAAGCCAGCUCCAGCUGCAGGCACUCAAGAGCAGGCCCAGAAUGCUCCGGCUCCAGGCCCCGUCCCAGGCCCAGACCAGCAAGUGUACUUCUCCCUGAAGGACAUGUAUCUGGAAAGCACCCAGGCGGGCAGGCCGAAGGGGGAGGAGGGGUCCCAGACCCCAAGUGGCAGGGCACCUGGAGAGAUGCCCUCGGGGAAGGUACCCAGUGAGGCUGGAGGUGAAAGGGGGCCUGUUGCCCCUGGCCAGCCCACGUCCUCGGCCCCCCAGCCAACUAGGCCUUUCAACAGGAAGAGAUUUGCCCCUCCGAAGCCCAAAGGGGAGCCCACGGCCGACAGCAAGCCCGAUUCUUCCCUGAGCCAAGCUCCAGAACCAAGGGCCCAGAGCUCAGGGAAGGCCCUGCCUCAGGCCUCUGCCCAAGUGCCCACACCCCCUGCCCGGCGGAGACACGGCACCCGGGACAGCCCCCUGCAGGGGCAAGCAGGCCACAGGAUUUCGGGAGAGGUCCCAGAAUCCCAGGCAAACCUGGCUCCUACCGUGUUGGCCAGCAACAGUGCCGAUGCGGUCUCUGCUGGUUGCAGCAACUCCAGAAGCCAGGGCAUCAUUGAGCCCAUGGAUACAGACACCCAGGAAGAUCAGAGGGCAUCUGCUGACCAGAAACCUGGAGGCAAGAAGAAUACGGAGGCAGAUGGGAAGAUGCAGGUGGAUGGGAGGACCCAAGGAGACAGGACGCAAACAACCCAGAGGACACAGGCAGAUAGGAAGACUCAGGUGGACAUUGUGCCCCAAGGAAGUGAGAGGCCAGCGUCAGCCAGGAGUUCCCAGGAGGAUGCGGUGGCACAGGGAAGGGCAGGGACACAGGCGGAAAGGACACAGACAGGCAAGAAGAUGCAGGAAGACAGAAGGAUCCAGGAAGACAAAGGGACACAGUCAGAGGGGAGCAUACCCACAGCCGUAGACGGUCAGUCAGAGAAGGGCUCCAUGACCAGCCUCAGCCCACAGCCCAGAGCCCCCAAAUGCCCCCCUUCAGAGGGUCCUCAGGCUCCUCAGAUUAUUGAGUGUUUUGAGCAGACCCCUGAAGGGCCCUCUGUCCCAGAAGAACCUGGUUUCUUGCUCAGAUCUGAGGGGGCAGCAGUCACAGCCCCUGGGAGCUACGAGGCAGCUCUGCUGGAUGCCCCGGCAGGCAGCCGCACGCUCCCAGUACAGCGGCCUCCCCAGGGUGGUCCGGAGCAUCGGGGAGGGCCCGAGUGGUCAGGUCCGGUCGAGGACAAGCCAGAGGAUGGCCCGCUCCCACACCCCAAGGAGGAGCAGCUGAGGGAAGUGCCGUCCAUGGAUCUGGGUGGCUGUCCUCCAGCUGGCUGGAGCCCAGAGGUGCCUACUGUGCCCUCUCCUCCCGGGCCAGGCCUGACCAAGAGCUCACGGGAGGCACUGCCCAGCACUCCGGCCUCUCAGCACAUGAGUGCUGAGGCCGCCUUCCCGCCCUCUGGGGACCAGGCCUUGCUGAGGUCGGCCCCCCCACUGCACCUGGGGCCAGGGACCCCCACCCAGAGUCACCCACCAGCAGCCAUGUCAGCCGACAGCGAGGGGGCCUGUGCCCUAGGGCCAGAUGUGGAGGGGAGGCCCCCAGGCCCCCGGAGCUGCGACCCUGGCCUCAUAGACUCCCUGAAGAACUACCUGCUUCUGCUGCUGAAGCUCUCCAGCACAGAGACGGGGGGCGGGGGGGCGGAGUCCCAGGAGGGAGCCGCCACCGGGGCUCCGGUGUCCUCAGCCACUCUGGUCCCCAACGUGGAAGUGGCCGGUCUGAGUCCCCGGACGUCCAGGCGCAUCCUGGAGCGCGUGGAGAACAACCAUCUAGUGCAGAGCGCGCAGAGCCUGCUGCUGAGCCCCUGCACCUCCCGCCGCCUCACCGGCCUCCUGGAUCGCGAGGUGCAGGCUGGCCGCCAGGCCCUGGCUGUGGCCCGGGGCCCUGGCGCCAGCACACUCACUGUCCCUGCCAUCGUGGUAGGCGAGGAGGAUGGCCCUGGGCUCCCGUCAGAAGGAUCCAGUGAGGGCGAGGGCGAGGUUUCCCCUGAGGGGCCUGGGCGCUCGGGGGCCUCCCAGGAGAGCAGCGGGCGAGGGUCUCUGGGGGAGGUGGGUGGGCAGACAGCCUCUGGUCAGGGACCACUCUCGGCAGACGGAAGGGCCCAGGAGCGCUUCCGGGAGGAGGAGGCCCCCACAGGCCUCCCUGCAGCUACACCUGAGGAGCUAGCUCUGGGGGCCCGGAGGAAGAGAUUUCUCCCCAAGGUCAGAGCAGGAGGAGACGGGGAGGCAGCCAAGGCUGAAGAAAAGGAGAGCCCCACAGUUUCCCCUCGGGGGUCCAGGAAAGGCCUUGCACCCGGGUCCCCGGGGACCCCGGGGCGGGAGAAACGCUCCCCGACCCAGGGUAGAAAGGCAGGCAUGCUGGAGGUGCCGCGGGCAGAGGACGAGCCAGCAGCAGGAGACCUGGGCUCUGGCCCCAAGGCCAGCAGCUUGGACGCAGAGCAGGCCCUGGAUGAAGGCAAGCAGGACACUGCGGCCAAAUCCAAGAAAGCCAAAGACCUGCUAAAAGCCCCACAGGUGAUCCGGAAGAUUCGGGUGGAGCAGUUUCCUGACGCCUCGGGCAGCCUGAAGCUCUGGUGCCAGUUUUUCAACAUUCUUAGUGACUCAGUCUUGACGUGGGCCAAGGAUCAGCGCCCAGUGGGCGAGGUGGGCAGGAGUGCGGGGGAUGAGGGGCCGGCAGCCUUGGCCAUCGUGCAGGCGUCCCCGGUCGACUGCGGCGUGUAUCAGUGCACCAUCCACAACGAGCAUGGCUCGGCCGCUACCGACUUCUGCCUCAGCCCCGAGGUGUUGUCGGGGUUCAUCUCCAGAGAAGAAGGUGAAGUUGGAGAGGAGAUUGAGAUGACCCCCAUGGUGUUUGCUAAGGGUCUGGCUGACUCUGGCUGCUGGGGGGACAAGCUCUUUGGGCGCCUGGUGAGCGAGGAGCUACGAGGGGCUGGACAUGGGUAUGGCCUUCGGAAGGCCUCCCAGGCCAGGGUCAUCUAUGGGCUGGAGCCCAUCUUCGAGUCAGGCUGCACGUGCAUCAUCAAGGUGUCCAGCCUGCUUGUGUUUGGACCCAGCAGCGAGACCUCUCUCCUGGGCAGAAACUACGACGUCACCAUUCAGGGAUGCAAGAUCCAGAACAUGAGUCGGGAGUACUGCAAGAUCUUUGCGGCCGAAGCCCAGGCGGCCCCUGGCUUUGGGGAGGUACCCGAGAUCCUCCCACUGUACCUCAUCUACCGGCCUGCCAACAAUAUCCCCUAUGCGACCCUGGAGGAGGACCUGGGCCAGCCCCUGCAGCCUUACUGCUCGCGGGAGGGGCGCUGCGCGGCCGCUCCGGAGGCAUCGUGCAGCUCCGAGGUCCAGCGGAAAUGCCAGACCUUCCAGCACUGGCUGUAUCUGUGGACAAAUGGCAGCUUCCUUGUCACCGAUUUGGCAGGGGUGGAUUGGAAGAUGACCGAUGUGCAGAUUGCUACCAAACUGCGAGGAUACCAAGGCCUCAAGGAGAGCUGUUUCCCUGCCCUGCUGGACCAGUUUGCCUCUUCCCACCAGUGCAACCCCUUCUGUGAGAUGCUGGGGCUCAAACCCCUCAAGGGCCCUGAGGCUGCCCACCCUCAAGGCAAGGCCAAAGGCUCCAAGAGUCCAUCCACUGGCAGGAAGGGCGGCCAGCUGAGUCCUCAGCCCCAGAAGAAAGGCCUCCCCAGUCCCCAGGGCACCCGGAAGAGUACUCCAAGCUCCAAGGCCACCCCUCCGGCCUCAGAGGCACUCGCCACCCAGUUGCUGGGACAGCCUCCUACCCAAGAGGGCGGCUCCAAGGCCCAGGGCCUGCGGUAGCCCCCACAGGAGGCUGGGGGCCUCCACCCAGCAGCAGACCAACAAGGAAGCAGCUCGAGGCGAUGGAGACUUUCCAGAACUACGGAACUAACCAGAGAAGGUGCGCUGAGGAGGCGCCACGACAGCCUCUCCUCAAUCCACUCCUCAUCAGACGGCUUUUGUGCAUGGUGGCACCCGGGGGGCUUCUCCUGGUGCCACCGUCAGCCGGGGCUCCCAGACCCCCCGCCCCCGCCACGUGCCUGGUGGCCUAGGCCCUCCUUGAAGUUUACACUGGCCACUGCUGGAGGCUCCCUGAGUCCUCUGCAUGAGCUCCACACCCAGCCCCCCGCCCCGCCAGACCCUGCCUUGAAUGUCGUACUCUGGGAGCACACCGGCCAGUGGUUACCCUUUACCUUUGCUUGGCCCUGACCUCUCUCUGUCCUUGGGGCUUCGGGCAUCCUGCGCUGUGUCUGGCCUGGUGACUCUCAGGGAGCCUUCUCCUUCCAGCUACUUGGCCUCGUGCCUCCCAGCGUGUCCUGCAACUAACCUGUCACUGAGCCCAGAUGGGGCUCAGGACACUUCCAGAGCCUGUCUUGUUCUCGUGCGGUGGUCUUUGGUGAUGUGUGUUCAUGCCCUUCCUUCCCCCAGCACUCAGGCACUCACUCAACCUGCUUCCCGCGCUCCCUUGCCCCCCCCAUCUCCCAUCCCCAGCUUCCAGCCGCCCGGCAGCCUGCUGCCUUUCCUUCGCUGCCUCUCUGCUUGUCCCCUUGCCCAGGCCCUUCUCCAGCCUGAUUCCGCACCCUGCCCACCAGUCCGCACCCCCCUGCCUCUCCCGGGCCCUCUGCCCCUGCGGGAGAGGCGGCAUGAGGGUCGUGUCAGCAGCUGCGGCCAGAGGGCAGGUGUUGGCUCAGAGGGACCUUGUGCUCCUUCCUGGAGAGAUGGGCAGUCACAGUGAAGUUCACAUCCCCCCUAGACCAGGGAUGGAGGAGGGCUAGGCCUGGUCUCCCAAGGGGAGCGCACUGGGGAGGUCGAGGAAGGAUGCAGUCCACUCCCGGGCUGGGCUGAGGGUGUCCCUGUGCCCGGGAAGUAGGAUGCCUGCCCCAGCCAUCAGGUCUUCAUCCCGGGGCUCCAGCUCUGGGGCUUCACAUACGGGCUCCCAAGGAAUUGCUGUGCUCGGCCCAGCACCCUGGGGGCCUUCCUGAGAGCCCCUCCUGGAGGCCGGGGACGGGACGGGUCUGGUGCUAGCCUGCUCCCCUUGGAACACAAUAAAGGCAGCCACUGUGUACCCUGCUCGCCCUCAUCUGGUGUGGUUGUAGGUGUACGGGGUCAGGGCCCCCUCUCCCCAGGCAGGUUCUCCGGGGGUGCCCCACAGCCCCUGGGCCCACUGCAAUAAAUGAAUCCAGGCUUUGGCUCCUGGAUGGACAUUCAGUCUCAGCCUUUGUGACCACAGUGACACAGUCUGUGCUGCUUGCCCAGCUGGGCUGAUGGGGAUCUGGGGACUUAGGUCUUUGGAAUUGUUCCUUCAUUUGGAAGAGGAACACAAAGGAAGGAACCCAGGAAGGAAGAGCAGAGCUGGAGGCUCUGGGGAAAUGGCCAGCGUCUCUGGCUGUCUCCACUGCCCCAAGGCCGGCCCUGGGAACAGCCAGCCUCUGCCUCCCAGCUGCUCACUGGCCCUUUCCUGCUUCCCACGCUGCAGAGGCUUCUUACUCCCCGACAGCCCCAUGCCACAACUUCCCUUGCCUGACGUGUAUGCCCCUCCGUUUUGACACUUCUGACUUCUCUACCUCCUCUUGUGCUCAGGGGACUCUCCCCACUUUUUCCUCUUGCCCUCAUGUGCCCCAGUCUGCAGAUCCAGAUUGCCUUGGUGAACUGGGAGUUGGAAUGUUAUCCAUUCAUUCAUCCGUCCAUUCAGCAGACAUAUGCUGAGCACCUCCUUCAUGCCAGACCCCGUGUUGACAGCUGUGGGAGGCACAGAUAUAUGAGGUGGCCUCAAAAGAGACUUUCAAUAAGGUUUCUUGGGCUUUGAGCAACAGAAAUGGACUCAGACCCACUUUAGCAAGGAAAAAGGGUUUGUGGGAAGGGUGUUGCGGCAGCUCCCAGAGCCAAAGGAAGAGCUGAACGAUUCGGCUUGAGACGGUGGGAGCCAGUGGGGCUCUAGAGCUUGCAUUCCGGGAGCUGCUGCUAUGGGCUGGUCAGCAGCAACCAGCCACUGGGACUCCCUUCCCUCGAGAUUCAAAUUCCUGUCCUAGAGCUCGGGGCACUCUGGAGUGGGACAGAGGCAGUUUUCCAAAGGACCGGGAUUCUUUCCAGACGAAUGGUGGAGAGGGGGAGGGUAGAAAAGGACUUGGUGGCAGCAGCAAAGAGACGCCCCCCCACACACACACUGUUCUUCCCACCUGAUGUAUUACGACUGUCCCACAUACAACCAAGAGUAAAUCCCACUCUACUUGGGGAGACCAUUCAAAGUCACGUCCAAUGACUAAGUCCAGGGGCUACCAUUUUCCAAAGUCCAGUGUCACGAGUGAUACUCUUCCCCCUUCUAUCACAAUCCCAUUUUGAAAUUCUGCAACCUGGGGAGUAAAAUUAACCAUCGUCAACCAACAUUCUUUUUUUUUUUUUUAAAGAUUUUUAUUUAUUUAUUUGACCGAGAGAGGGAACACGAGCAGGGGGAGUGGGAGAGGGAGAAGCAGGCUUCCCGCGGAGCAGGGAGCCCGA